AUGUCAUCGGAUGAGGGCUGGGAAGAAGUUUAUAAUGAUGAUUUAAGCAUUAAACUAGAUACCAAAGAAAAACAAAAGCGUCUACACAUAAAAUAUGAUAUAUUUAUUUCCUUGGUAAACAUUUUUAAAGAAUUUUUACAAGAUAUUAGUAUUCCUCAAAUAAGUGAAUAUCUAGAUUUUAAUAUAAUAAACAAGAUGUAUUAUCUUUUAAAAUCAGAGAAUCAACUAGAAAGUACACAAUUUUAUUUUUCAGAUUAUGUGAAAAAUAUAAAAUACUUUAAAUUUCUAAAAGAGCAUAACAUUUCUUCUAGAAUAUUUUUUAUUAUUAACAAGAAUAUUGAAUCUUUUUUAGAAAUUUCCGUUAACAAAGGAAUUAUAAAAAAUAAAAAUAAAUACAAAGGUUGUGUUUUUUAUAUCGAUAUUAAUAAUACAAUUGAAGAUUAUUCUUGGUAUUUUAGCACUAAUAUGAAAAAUCAUAGCAUGUUUUUAGAAGUUUUAAAGCAUUUUAAAAAUUUGUUUUCUAAACCAAAUAUUCAGAAUGAAUUUACGGAAUUAGAUGAAAGAAGACGAAAAGAAAUUCCUACUUCUAUAAUUAAAUUUAAAAAGCAUCCAUUAUAUUGUUUGGAAAGUUUGUUAAAAAUUAAUCAAGUGCUUAUAGAUAAAAAGUUGAUACAAGGGUAUUUUAGGGGAGAACCUGUUUUUUUAAAAAAAUAUAUUGUAGAUCUUAAAUCUGAUAAAUAUUUUUACAAACACGGAAAAAUACCUAAAAAGAUAGACGGAAAAGAUGUUUCUCCUUCUAAGAUUUAUAAGGAUUUAAAAUUUUACUCCGAAGAUCAGGUUGAAGAUAUACUGUUAGAAGAUAUGUCUUUAUCUCUUGUACAAGAUUAUUUGCAUCCUAACCACAUACCUUUAAAUUGUGUGUAUAUACAAAAUGAAUAUGAUGAAAUAAUUUGUAAAAAAUUAAAAGUAGAUUACAGGCGGUGUUUUGUAGGAUUUAACAAGCAGAAUCCUAUUUACAAAGGGGUUUUUAUUUAUAAAAAAGACCUUUUUAUUGUGUCUAAUUUUAUUUUUGAAUAUUUUGAUUUUGUAAAAAAAUUAGAAAUUAAAGAAAGAAUUGAGCAAAUAGUUAAAAAUUGGGAAAAACUCACAAAAUUGUGCAAAAGAUAUAAAAAAUUAAGAACAAGGCUAGGCUAA